GAGCGCGGCCGGGGAACGCGCGCAGAGUCGGUCUGCGCAGCGAGGAUGGGUGUCCGCGUGUUCGUCGCCUCGUCCUCGGGCUCGGUGGCGAUAAAGAAGAAGCAGCAGGAUGUGGUUAGAUUUCUGGAGGCCAACAAGAUAGAGUUUGAGGAGGUGGACAUCACGAUGUCGGAGGAGCAGAGGCAGUGGAUGUACAGAAGCAUCCCCCCGGAGAAGAGGCCUGCUCAGGGGAACCCGCUGCCACCGCAGAUAUUCAACGGCGACCGGUACUGUGGGGAUUAUGACAGUUUUUUUGAAUCAAAGGAGAGCAACACAGUCCUUUCGUUCUUAGGCUUGAAACCACGGUUGGCAUCAAAUGCAGAACCGUAGAGGGGAAAAGUGGGAGGUGCUGGAGAUGUGCUUGGACCACCACCUCCGGGAACGCCGCACGCACUGCUUACACCUAGCACCUCACUGUGACCAGAGCCACACACACCAUCAGUAACUUUGCUUGCCACGGAAGCGGUGUCUUGGGAGAUGUGGGUGUGAUGGGAACUACGUGACUGCCAUAAACCAAAUCGGGACUGAGCUGGCUUUGGGACUGGGGUUCUUCUUUUCACUGCCCUGCAGCGGCUGCGCCUGACAGUCCUGGCACCUGCUGUAGGUGUGCUUCUUUUAGUCUGACACACGAGCAGGGGCACCGUCGGGGAGAAGAUGCUGGACCUGUGGGGUUGUCGCACAUAACUGUUGUCAGCUCGCUGCUUUGUGAGCUUCCUGGGUUGCAUCCGUAACGCUCUCUGCCCAGCUGUCAGGAUCUGGAGAGAAGGAAAGACGGUGCUGGCUGGAAAAGACCCUUGAAGGUCUCUGUGCAGAACCAUAGACGUCGCUCUUGCGGUGCCUUGUGACAGCGGCUGUCGUUCUAGAUUCUGCUUGUUUUCAUUGGCAGCCCUGUCUGUGUGAUCCUCUGAACUCUCACAUAUCUCCAAAAGUCACUGUUGUAAUAUAAAAUCAUUGCCACUAACUCACAGAAAUGGAAGUAAUUGCUAGUUUGGAAAAUAUCGGCUUCUUUAUCUCUCGCAAGGGGAAAGUUUCACCUAAACGCGCAAGACUGCCUGAAAGAUAUAUUUUAAGAGGUGCACAGAUUAGAGAGUAAAUUUAUAGGAGAACUGUCAGAGCAGGGUCCGAAGGCAGCUUCAGCUGGAGCGAUUUAUAUAUAUGCAAGUCACAUAUAUUUUUAAAAUGCAGUUCCCCUAGCGGCUGCUUGUUCUAUUUUGGGCGGGGACUCUAUUUUUUUUGAGAAAGUAAGACCUCAGUUAGAUGUAGCUUAUGAACCCCUGCUGAGCACACUAAAAUAAGCUAACGUUGCUGUCCAGUGGCUUCCCUGGACACUUUCCUUGCUCCUCUGCAUGGCUCAUGUUUUCCCAGAACAUGGGCUUGGACCUUCCCGCAUGACGCGGAUGCGCAUUCUGCUCCCUAUGCGGGUAGAGCGUGCCCAGGCAGCGGGGUGCGGAAGGGCUGCCCACAAAGCCACCCUGGACUGCGUGGUGAGCCAGCUCCCCAGUUGCAUGGGGUGCUGAUGACGCUGACCACGCCUACGAGGUAGGGCAGAGACUGCUUUUCUGUAUCCUUACGGUUUUGCAAGUUGGGAAUUGCCAAACAAGGGAGCCUCCUUGGCUUGGAGAAACGCUCAGAGGGUGGACUCCAGCACUCAGCUUGUCCACCCAUCCUGGUGCUAGGCCUUCCAUUACGGUGUGGGAAGGACACUUCUGAGAGCGGAGGAAUGAAAGCCCCUCCCACCUCCCCCAGGCCUCCUGGAGUGGGCUGCUCCAUAGAACUCCAGACAGCUGCAGCUGGAGCCCCAGCACAGUCCAGAUUGCAGUCAGGAGAGCGUGGCCGGGUGCUUCGGGGCAGCUAGCAUGGGCAGUUUCUCUCCCAGGAAAUGUUUUGCUCAAAUCAUGGCUGUUCCUUAUUAGUUAGUGUUAAAACGUGAUCCAGGUCAAAUUCCAUGUGAUAAAUCCCAGGGACUAUCCAGGAGUGUUUUUUCCUAACUGGAUAUUGUGUUUGAGUGUGUGUCUUCCGAUAAUAAUUAGUUUCUUUUUAAAAAUUCAGCAGUUCUAAAAAUUGUUUUGUUGUGAUUAUGCACCUUGCAUUUAUCCUGCUCGUACCAGUGCAUACCAAGGGCCGAUUUGGUAAGAAGAAAGCUUUGCAGGUUUCGGGGUCAUAGGAUCAGUGCCAUCCUCACCACCAGAUGAAGGGAACCGACUUUCCUGAAUGACUUUUGAAUUAACCACAAUAUACCUAGUAGGAUUGCAUUAAGCAUGCCAGAUGGAUACCAGUGCUAAAACACAGCUUUUACAUAUCUUCUUGUCACAAGUUUUUGUUUGUUUUGGGAUCAUCAGAGAAUUACAAGAGAGCACAUUCAGUGCUUCCUGUACUUGUUGUGGUGGAAGAGAAGCGCAGUGUGUGGCUCUUCGCAUGGUGGCCAGGCCCUGCACAGUCCCGAAGCGCUGCCCCGUGGGACCACGCCGUGUGCACAGAAUACUGUGUCCUUAUGCGCAUUCUUCUACCAGCCGAUUCCAAGCACACAAUAAUGAUUUUCUGAUGCUUUUAACUAGCUGCCUUUAUUUAGAUUUUGAUAAUCACAGUCUUAAAAACCUAGCAAAAAAAAAAAAAAAAAAACCUAGAAAAGAAGUGGAUUUGGAGGCAGACAUGUAAUAUCAAGGGCAUUUCUGGACAGAAUCUUGAUCUCCUGCAGUAAGCUUUUUGAGACAAAGAAAGCAUGAUGCUAAAAAUCAAAGUGUGCCAUUUUCAAAGUAGAUAAAAUAUAGAGUGCUAUCCGGCGAGGUGUGUGCAGUCAAGGAGAAAAUCGGUUGGAAAAAUACUUUAAAUUCUGGUAUUUUAUUACAGUCAAAGGGAAGAAAAAGAAGAUAUUUUGCCCCUAGGCUUUACUAUAUUUUAGAUUUGUUUCUAUUUUAUAGAUUUAAUUCAACACUCUAACCUAGAUGUUUUUAUACUACAUGAAUUUAAUGAUGAACUAAACAUGUUUUUGAUUAUUGAAAGGUACCAAAGGUCUUCCUGUUUCAUUUCAUUGUUUGAUUUUAUGGUGGAGUUGUGCUUUGUUUAACAGCUUUUCUUAAAUGUCAGCAUCUACUUCUGUCUGCAUAAUUACUGUUUUUAGAGUUCGGCUUGUAUGUGUUUGUCUCCAAGGCAUUGGUGAGACUUUAUGUUCAGCAUGAGAGACGAGGAGAUUCCAGAAGAUGCCAGUCCAGGAGUGGGGCCCACUCCCUGCCAUCUCAGACCGCCCUUAGCGCUAGUUCUCGGUUCAACUGACUUUCUGUUCAGUUGGGAAGCUGCGCCCCUCCAUGAGCCCCUGCAUGAAAAAUGCAGAUUCCUUGGUAAAAGCCCAAGAAUUAAGUGACCACCGCAGCGCCUCACGUGCAUCAUGGGGCCAAGGAUGCAGUGGGUGUCCAGCGCAGUGAUGGCCCCGAUGGUCGCGGUGCAGAUGUGCCUGCGGGGGUCACUUGACUGCUUGCAAAAACAAGGUCAGGUGGCCAUGACUCCACCGGCGGGUUCCCUUAAAGGAAGCUGCUACCUCUGGAAGCAGAAGGAAACAUCUUUAAAGGGAGCGUGGAGGCUGAUCUCAUCACUGUGCUAUUUCAGACUUUAAACCCUCAGAGAGAGGAAGGUAAAGAAAAGGUUCAAAGGGAGAAACUACAUUUGCAGAAAUGCCCCAAAUCACAAUCCCAGAGAAGCAAAGUGGUCGCUGCCUGCUUGUGACCCGGGUUUCCAGAGCCUUCCUAGGCCUGGAGACGCCUGUCCUGUCAGUGUGGUUGUCCUUACUCUGCACACACUGAGCCCCCGGAAUGUGGUGGUGCUCAGAGCAGGGCAGAAGUGUCCUCCCUCAGUGGUGAGAGAAGUGAACACAGCAACAGCAGCGCCAGCAGAGGUUAGCGGAAGAGCCCUCCUGGCCGCAGGACCGCGUCUCAGGUGGUGUCUAUGACUUUUCUGUUGCUCCUGCUCUUAAAACCAUCCCAGGUUUUAAAAUUUCACCUAUCUACAAAAGCAUUCAUAUGUGUUAUAUUGAGUGUGUGCUAACGUGUGAGGAAUAAUCGUAACCAACAGAUCCCACGUGUGCCUGCCGCCCACUAUGCCUUUCCUCUGAGCACUGUGCUGUCCCUGCUUGUCCCCUCAGAGUCCUCUCGUGCCCACUGUAGCUUUCCUGUCCUUUGUCACUCUGCUUCCAUGUACGUAUGCUGAAGGAUAAUAAACGAAAUUAAACCAGA